CUCUAUGUGUUCGUUCAACCCAGUGAUGGGACAGAAACUGACAGGCUGCGUUUGGCCAAUGGAUACGAUGAACACCUUGCAGACCGGUGAAGAAAACACACACUUCUUUGAAGUUCAUAAGUUUUCAGUUGUUUUUGUAACGAAUUGCAUUUGUAAAUUUUACCUCUGUUUCAUUCUUUACACAUAACACGUUUUAUUUCCACGCGGUAGAGGAUCUUUUCAUGGACCUUAGAAGGGAGGUGAACUCAAUUGUGCAAUGUAACAAAUCAUUGUCUCAUUCCCUCUGUUUUAAAGUAGAAAUGGAGAGGAAAAUGAAACAUUAAAAGUGGCAGCUAUGUGGCAGAUCCUAAAAGAACUAUGGCAACAUCAGGUGACUGCCCCGGAAGUGAAUCUCAGGGGAGAGAAGAACCCGUGGAACACUGUGAACAGCACCUCCCAGGGGGUGUGCACCCCGAGGAGUUUGUGGCCAUCGCGGACUAUUCUGCCACCGAUGAGACACAGCUCAGUUUUCUGAGAGGAGAGAAAAUUCUCAUCCUGAGACAGACGACUGCUGACUGGUGGUGGGGCGAGCGCGCCGGUUACUGUGGGUACAUUCCCGCGAACCACCUCGGGAAGGACCUGGAGGAGGGUGACCCCGAGGACACCUGGCAGGAUGAGGAAUACUUCGGCAGCUACGGGACCCUGAAACUUCACCUGGAGAUGUUGACAGACCAGCCACGGACAACUAAAUAUCACCACGUGAUCCUGCAGAACAGGGCGUCCCUCAAAGACAAAGUGAUUCUGGAUGUCGGCUGUGGGACCGGGAUCAUCAGCCUCUUCUGUGCACAUUAUGCGCAGCCCAGAGCAGUGUACGCGGUGGAGGCCAGCGAGAUGGCCCAGCACACGGGGCAGCUGGUCAUGCAGAAUGGCUUCGCCGACAUCAUCACCGUGUUCCAGCAGAAGGUGGAGGACGUGGUGCUGCCGGAGAAGGUGGACGUGCUGGUGUCCGAAUGGAUGGGGACCUGCCUGCUGUUUGAGUUCAUGAUUGAAUCCAUCCUGUACGCCCGGGAUGCAUGGCUGAAGGAGGGUGGGAUCAUCUGGCCGACCACUGCCGCACUGCACCUCGUGCCCUGCAGUGCUGACAAAGACUACCGCAGCAAGGUUCUCUUCUGGGACAACGCCUACGAGUUCAACCUCAGCGCUCUCAAAUCGUUAGCAAUUAAGGAGUUUUUUUCGAAGCCCAAGUAUAACCACAUUUUGAAACCAGAAGACUGUCUGUCUGAGCCGUGCACUAUAUUACAGCUGGACAUGAGAACGGUGCAGAUCGCUGAACUGGAGACAAUGAAAGGCGAGCUGUGCUUUGAUAUCAAGAAAGCCGGCGCACUGCAUGGAUUUACGGCCUGGUUCAGUGUCCGCUUUCAGAACCUGGAGGAGGAGGAGCCACAGCUGGUGCUGAGCACGGGACCAUUCCAUCCCACCACCCACUGGAAGCAGGUGCUGUUUAUGAUGGACGAGCCCGUCCCCGUUCACGCAGGGGAUGUGCUCACAGGCUCGAUUGUGCUGCAGAGAAACCCAGUGUGGAGGAGGCACAUGUCCGUCGCUCUGAGCUGGUCCGUCACCUCCAGACAGGACCCCACGGUGCAGAGAGUUGGAGAAAAAGUCUUUCCGAUCUGGAGAUGACAGUUGAAGUUCUCUUUGCGAAGCAGUGUGAGCUUGGAGGAAAGCAGAGCGAGGAGCUCACACCGAUGCGAACACUCCUUCUUGUGAAACCUGCAGACGCUCACUCUGUCUUGUAGGCGGUCACACCCUUCUCUGUGGCCCCACGACAAACGCUCGGGCUGCCCUCGCCACUGUCACGGCCCGUGUCUGUCCUCUAGAAGUAGCUGUGUUUCCAGGUGUCCACAGUGCUGUCCACAGUGCCCCCCUGUGGACAGGCUGGGGCACAGUGUUCCUAAGCUAGGCCUAGUUCCACACUCAUAGGACGCGCGUCAGCCUUGUACUCCUGUGAAGUAACUGUUCGUGCAUCAUGUGUUACUGGUGUCCUUACUGCCCUCAGUUCAUCCACUCACCAUGCAGAACGUGGGGUUGCACAGAGCCGUGCAGGACCUGGGGUGGCAGUGCAUGCGCUGGGCUCUGCAUGAGGUAGUACCUUGUAGAGAUGUCUUCCAAAUAAAUCGUGUUGGCACAUAGUACAUCUCAAUAAAUAUUUUUAAAUAAACGAA